UGUUCCUGGCGCGGCCAUGUGUUGGCGUAAGGUACGAGGCACGGUCUGUUAAAAUUACGUAGUGCCUCCAUAAUACCACCCUCGACUCUUAUUUGUCUGCUUCCAGGUUUCGAUCCUCCAACCGUCCGCCGUCCGUCCUCACACGCCUCACUUCCCCAACCGCAGCACAAACUGCGCCCGAGUCUCCGAAUUGCACAUGAGGCCUCCAACAAGCCGGCUCCAGUGCUUGCAAGUGACGACCUCCAGGGCAUCGCGGUUUUCCGCACUAGUGCUUGAAUUGCCCGGGCCUUUGCGCUUCCCCACGCUGCGCCGAUCGACUUUCGCCUCGUCCGCUUCGGCCGACUCUCGUGCCUCCAGUCCGCGCGCACGUGAGGUCAAUAAGCAAGGCAAUAAGCAAGGCAUCACGAGCACUUACACCUGCGAUCCCUCCGCCGCGGCAACUUUCCCUUUCGGACAUUUCAAAGCCUGGCAGAGCGCCGCACGUUCAUCUUGUCGCAGGCCAGUUCGGACCGGCCGCAACCUUGAUCUUCACAGCAGCCUCACAUUUACUGCCGGCGCAGUAAUCCUCUUCGCCGUAGUCGCCAUCUCCUACGCUGCGACAGUGGGCUCUCGCGAGACUACAGCAGUUGCUGCAACCGCAGAAGACGUCGCAAUCGCAGAAUCGUUUUCUGACAACAUGCCGGACCAAAUCGCACCGGGGCGCGUGGGCAAUCUGACCCCAGAGCAGGAAGAGAAGCUGCGUCAAUUGUGGCAGUCCUUCUUCCAGCUCUGCGGCAUUCUCGAUGACAAUGGUGCCGCCAGUGCGGAUGCUGCGGCUCGCGAGAAAGCGGAAGCCGCGGAAGCAGACGGGCAGAAGAAGAGGCGCUUCGGCGUCUUUAAGAGAAAGGGCAACGACAAGUCCAGUUCGUCGAGUGAGACCGUGGAAGACGACAAAUAUGGCCAGAACAAACACUUUCAAGAGGUUCUUGCCAGCCACAGCCCCGAAGCCAUCCGCGAGACGUUCUGGAGCAUGGUGAAGCAUGAUCACCCGGAUGCCCUGGCCUUGCGCUUCCUCCGCGCUCGCAAGUGGGACGUGGAUAAGGCCCUCGUCAUGAUGGUGUCUACCAUGAGCUGGCGACACAGCGACAUGAAGGUGGAUAGCGAUAUUAUGGCUAAUGGUGAGGGCGGCGCUCUGGCAACUGCGCAGGAGGGCACGGGCGACGCUAAGAAGGUCGCGGAAGACUUUCUGGCGCAGCUUCGCAUGGGCAAGAGCUUUCUGCAUGGGGUGGAUAAGCAGGGCCGACCACUCUGCGUGGUGAGAGUCCGCCUCCAUCGACAGGGAGAACAGUGCGAAGAGAGUCUGGAGCGAUACACCGUCUACCUGAUUGAGACGGCGAGAAUGGUGCUGAGACCACCCGUCGACACGGCGACUGUCAUCUUCGACAUGACCGGAUUCUCCAUGGCAAACAUGGACUAUACCCCUGUCAAGUUCAUGAUCAAGUGCUUUGAGGCCAACUACCCCGAAUCUCUGGGAGCUGUGCUUGUCCAUAAUGCACCGUGGAUAUUCCAAGGAAUUUGGAAGAUCAUUCGGGGCUGGCUGGACCCCGUUGUAGCGGCCAAAGUUCACUUCACGAACAACAAGAGUGAACUGCAAGAGUUCAUUGAGCCUGGGCACAUCAUCAAAGAGCUUGGGGGCGACGAAGACUGGGAAUACCAAUAUGUUGAGCCUGUCCCUGGCGAGAAUGACCUGAUGAAAGACACCGAAACCAGGGAGAAGCUCCUCGCGGAGAGGCAGAAACUCGUCAACGAGUACGAAGAUGCGACUUUGCAGUGGAUAAACAAGCCAGAAGCAAGCAAAGACCUCUUGCCCAAGAGGAAUACCCUGGCGACACAGCUCAAGGAAGACUACUGGAGACUCGACCCAUACCUGCGCGCGCGCUCUCUCUACGACAGACAGGGAAUAUUACAGGGCAUUGCCGGAGCGAAAUGGUAUGAGCCAGCGAAAAAGCCAGCGGCUGCCAGCGGGAAUGGCAAUCUGGAGACGUCAAUCGACGAUUUAGAUUGAAGAAAGAGCCGCUUGUACCAAAAUAAUCUUUGGAUAGAUCGGGGGCCUGUGCAUUUACUUUGGAGAAUAGACAUAUGUAAUGCUUCUUC